AUGGCGGGACCAGCAAAGGGCGCCCGCAAGGAGGACUGCGAGCCUCAGUUUUUCAAGCUCGCAUGGCCGUCUAGCGAGAAAGUCACCGCGCUUGCCGCCAGCCUCUACAAGCAAAUCGACCACGACCCUCCCGCCGCCCCUGGAAAGGAUCUCUUCGAAGAUGAACUUGACCUGUUUGAGUGCGCGGUCGCGGAGGAGGGCGAGACGCCAACUCGCCCGCCUGACUUCGUGCCUCGAGGCUCGAAAAUGCGCGCGAUCCUGCGAGACGAGAUCUACCGCGCGGUGCAGGAUGCCUCGGAGUCGUCAGGGCGUGAGCGCGCCGCUGCGGCAGCCUCCAAACGCGUGUCCAUUCAAUUUGUCAACGAGGCAGACCAAGACCGACUUCGCGUCGAUUUAGGCCGGCGCGUGCAGUGGGGCGGUGUACAGGUCAAGGAGUUUGAGAAGCCGGACAAGGAGUGGGAUGCGAAGACCGAGGCGAAAGUCAAGCAGCUGAAGUCUCAGUACAACGGCGCGGAGCUCGAAGUCGUGUAUCGGUUGCUCGUGGAUGAGUACAUGAUCGCCAAGCCGGUGAUUCUCAUCACACCGACCGGCAAGAAAUUGCGCUCCUCUGUCUGCGUCAACCUGAACAAGCUGUUUGUCACGAAGGAGGUCAACGGACAGCAGGUGGUUGACGUCGCCGUCAAGAUUCAUGACAUCGACAGAAUCCAAUUCGGCAAGUCGCCCGCCCUCGCGCGUCUGCAGGCGGAUUCAAAGAACUCGAGCAGCGCCGUUCCGAACAACCAGUCUCUCUACAUUGUUUUCAAAGCAAACGCGCGGCGAAGCAGCGCCACCGGCCUCCAGCCUGCGCCAGGCCAGAAGCUCCCGUCGACGCUGCCGGGCGCGAAUUCGUUGCCGCAGCCGGUGACAGUGACGAUUGUCUUCCCCAGCGAGGCGGAGCGAAACAGUUUCGCGCUGCUGCUUCGCACCUCCAAGCGGCUGGUCGCGGGGAGCGCGCUGGGUGACUGGGAAGACACCCUCGACGACUCGGACGAAGAGUGUGCGUCCGUGGCGGCGUGUGAGACAGUCGAUGAGCUCUUCGUGGCGCCGCCGAAGCAAGGAGAAGAAGGCCAAACCGACAGAGCGCGCCUCGCGCACUGCAUCUCGGCCUUCAGCAAGGGUAUGAACGUGCAGAAGGCGACUUCCAAGGGCUCGUUGGUGGUGCGGAAGCUGUGUCUCUCGGGCGCCUCACUCCAGCUGCUAUCGCUGAGAUGCAACAAAGGCCAAAUCGUCGGCGUCUUCGAUGAGGUUCUGUCUGUUUCGCCGGGCCAAGACGACAGUGCAUUUCGUGCCGCCGCGAAGAACCACCAACUGCCGCCAGCCUCUCGCUGCGCGGUCGUCAAGCUGAGCGACCAUUCCUUUGCUUUAAUUUUUCCGACGGAGAAGUCGCGAGACAACUUCGUGUUCAUGAUGAAGCACCUGGAUGAGAGCGACGAGGUUCUGCGCUACAUCGACGACGGGUCCACGGGAGAGCCGAGCCCUACGCGGGUAUCGGGCAAAGCGUAG